UUUCCGGUUCACUGCAGUUUUUGGUUUUGAUCGUGAAAAGAUGGCAUAUUUCACCCGGUGUCUACAAGGUGUCCCAAAGAUUGACGUGAAUGACGUCCACAGGAUUGUCGACCACUGUUCACCUGCACCCGGUUGUAAGCGUGAAAAGGGAUUCAAACUGUACAUCAAGUUACAUCCACAACUUUGAAGGUGGGGCUGAAGGAUUCAAUUCCUGUAGAGCUGGUCCAUCACAGCUGUACAUGUGUAGCUGGAUCAGUGUUGUGUAACCAUUGUGUGGCUCUACUUUUCCAGUCUGCACAUUAUGCACAGCUUGACAUUCCAGUUGUUCCACCAGUGCUGAGCUGUACGGAGAGUGAACAACAGUGGCACAAGCCAAGAACCAUGGGUAUUAAACCAGGUCCCAUCGAAAAGAUGGCUGUGAUGUCUGCCAAACCAAAGCAGAGGACCAUGGCCGAGGGAGUAAGGUCCACACUGUACAAAGCCACCAGUGGAGAGUUGCCGGACCUGUCUGUUCUCAAAGUGUCAGAGAUCUACAAAGAGUUCACCCCUGUUUCUGCACCAACCAUUUGUACAGUGGGUAUCACCUGUGAGGUGCCACUGGUGAACUGUGCACUGGGUUUGGUACAAGUAGGUAGUCUUCUUUCAUAUCAACAACCCAUGGCAAGAAGUCGCUCUGUUGCUCACCCUGAUGCUCCACCACGUCCAGAUUUGCCAUUGGCUGGCUGCAGACUGGAAACAUCGUGCUUUAUGUCUAUUUUCUCUGAACAUCAACAGCUGCACUUCAAGUCACUUGAGGUUACCUGGGAAAUGGCUAAGAACAUAGAGGAUGCAACUAGGGGCCAAAGUGCAUCUACAGACUGGCAUAGACUGAGAAAACCUAGACUCACCUCAUCACAUUUUGGGGAAAUAUGCCAUGCAAAACCUUGCACCUUAGAAAAGAUGGCUGACCGGUUGCUCAAAGGGGUCCGUCAGACAGCAGCAAUGAAGAGGGGUCUCGAAAUGGAAGAUGAUGUCAUCGAGGAGUAUUGCCAGCUCAAGAGGGUGAACCACUACCCUUGUGGUUUUGUUAUACACCCUGACACACCCUGGUUAGGCACAUCCCCAGAUGGGGUUGUCUUUGACCCAACAGAGUGUUCUGAAUUCGGCCUUGUGGAAAUAAAAUGUCCAAACAUUAAAAGCUAUGUGGAUUAUCCACAUCUGAAAAUGAAAGACGGCAACCUGGAAUUGAAGCCAGGUCAUGGCUACUGCUGGCAGGUGCAGGGUCAGCUGCUCCUAACGGGGAUGGAGUGGUGCGAUUUUGUGGUGUUUGCGGAGGAAGACACCCUGAUUCAAAGAAUAUACAGGGACAGUGAUGUGAUACAAAAAAUAAGAGAGAGCAGACUUUAAGAAUUCUUAGAAAUGUCUUGUUCUGGUUGAUUUCUCAUUAUAAUGUGAGGCCUUCAAGUGGGUUGUUUUAAGUUUAUUUAUGGAGUUGUAAAAUGUUUAGGAUUGACCACUUAAAGUGUACACACCAAUGUAUUGCUAGAUAAUAAACCAAUAUUCAAUAUGUGUGAGGACCACUUGAGGGAAAUGAAGGGAAAUAAAGUUGAUAUAGAUUUCAAAUAAAUAAUUUAAUUAAAAUACAAGUCAGUAUAUGUAAGGCAAAACAAAAUUGUGGUGUGAAUCAGCAUAUUGUUUGUCAAAUAAAUAAAAGAGGAGCAGACAGCCAUGAAGCAAACAGUCAAAUUUCUACCUGGCAAUUAUGUUUUCUCCAUUCUUUAACCAGAGGUCCAUUUUGGUAAUUGCACAAGAUGCAAGCUACGGUGAAAAGCUGGUUAAUGCUCCCACAAAUC